CUGAUUCUUCGUUCGUUCGGUAGCGCAGAACGAUGGCUGAACACGAAUGCAGCCAUAUUCGGCUUCACUGAGAGCCACACCGGCUAGCACGCCAGGUUUCUCCUACUUUUUUGAUAAAGCACCCACUCCCAGUUUUGGGGUGCUCAUUUGUGUAGGUUAAAGGUGUCUAAUUCUUCAUUAGGAAGUUUAUUAUUGGAGAUUUCCAGCCGAUCGGAAUGAGCGUCCGGUCAUCCUGAGAUUCGACGGGAGAAAAAGCCCCGACACAUCAAGCAAAGUGGAGAAAGUAAUGUUACAGAUUUGUCGGGAUUAAGGCGAAUGGAGCCGACAGGGCCCCGAGACUGAGGAGGGGGUGGAAACUGUGGACACCAGAGCACAACAGCGGGGUCGAGCGCCUUAGAUCAUCGUUUAUCUGAGCACUAUGUUGGGCACAUUUUGCUAGCUGGCUAGCUGGAUGGCUGGCUAGCAGUUGGAGUCUGGGACUUCAGAGCUCCACAGAAAUCAAUCACGCCAUAAAUACGGUUUCUGUUUGUUGCUCUGCGGGCGCACGAUAAUCUCCGUUGUAUUACAUUUGAACAUCGUUACUUUUAAUCGUUUCUGGAUCUGGGAGUGGUGGUCGGGCCGCAAAAUUGGUAGAAAAUGUCUGCAAAGGUGCGCCUGAAGAAGUUGGAGCAGUUGCUGCUGGAUGGCCAUCAGAAGAACGAGAAGUCGCUAAGUGUGGAGACGCUGCUGGAUAUUCUCAUAUGUUUAUACAACGAGUGCAGCAACUCUCCCCUAAAACGGGAAAAACACGUGACUGAGUUUUUGGAAUGGGUGAAGCCUUUCACAACCACCGUAAAGGAGAUGCGCCUUCACCGAGACGACUUCGAAAUGCUCAAAGUGAUUGGCCGGGGAGCAUUUGGAGAGGUUGCCGUGGUGAAGAUGAAACACACAGAGCGUGUUUACGCCAUGAAGAUCCUCAACAAGUGGGAGAUGCUGAAGAGGGCCGAGACUGCGUGUUUCAGAGAAGAGAGGGAAGUCCUGGUGAAUGGAGACUGCCAGUGGAUCACCACCCUGCAUUAUGCCUUCCAGGAUGACAACUACCUGUACUUGGUGAUGGAUUAUUACGUGGGUGGUGACCUGCUGACUCUGCUUAGUAAGUUUGAGGACCGACUCCCGGAGGACAUGGCCAAGUUUUAUGUGGCGGAGAUGGUGCUUGCUAUCCACUCCAUCCACCAGCAGCGCUAUGUACACAGGGACAUUAAACCCGACAACGUUCUGCUAGACUUGAACGGUCACAUUCGUCUCGCGGACUUCGGCUCCUGUCUGAAAAUGAUGCAAGAUGGAACGGUCCAGUCUUCAGUGGCUGUGGGCACACCGGACUACAUCUCUCCAGAGAUCCUGCAGGCCAUGGAGGAUGGCAUGGGGAAGUAUGGACCAGAAUGUGACUGGUGGUCUCUAGGGGUCUGCAUGUACGAGAUGCUGUACGGUGAGACGCCCUUCUAUGCCGAGUCCUUGGUGGAGACCUACGGAAAGAUCAUGAACCAUGAGGAGCGUUUCCAGUUCCCCUCCCACAUCACAGAUGUGUCUGAAGAGGCUAAAGACCUGAUCCAGCGGCUGAUCUGCAGCAGAGAGCGCAGGCUGGGGCAGCAAGGUAUUGAGGAUUUCAAGAAACACCCGUUCUUUGCAGGCAUCAACUGGGAAAACAUCCGCAACACAGAGGCUCCGUACAUCCCUGACGUGAGCUCUCCGUCGGACACCUCAAACUUUGAUGUGGACGACGAUGUGCUGAAAAACCUGGACAUCGUUCCGCCAGUCUCGCACACGGGUUUCACCGGGCAGCACCUGCCCUUCGUGGGCUUCACCUACACCACAGAGAGCUGCUUCUCAGACCGAGGGAGCUUAAGGAGGGUGGUAUUUACAGACGGAGGUGCUGGGGAAGAUCUCCAAGACGGGGGGUUGCAGGUGGAGGCCUUCGAGAAGAGGAUUCGCUGCCUGGAGCAAGAAAAGCAGGAGCUGAGUCGCAAGCUGCAGGAAUCCACUCAGGCGGUUCAGUCUCUUCAUGGCUCUGGGCGCGGAGCUGGCACACUCGGCCGCGAUAAAGAGAUUAAAAAACUCAAUGAGGAAAUCGAUCGACUGAAGAAGAAACUGGCAGACUCUGAUAGGCUGGAGCACCAGCUGGAGGAGGCUGUGACUCUUCGACAGGACUUUGAAAGUUCCUCCACUAAACUAAAGGCCCUGGACAAGCAAGUCAGAGCUCUCAGGCAUGAGAAAGAGGAGAUUCAUAAGCAACUUGUGGAGUCUCUGGACCGCCUUAAGUCUCAGACCAAGGAGCUGAAGGACGCCCACCAGCAGAGGAAACUGGCCAUGCAGGAGUUCUCCGAGGUGAAUGAGCGCAUGGCCGAGCUGCGCUCGCAGAAGCAGCGUCUGUCGCGGCAGCUCCGGGACAAGGAGGAGGAGAUGGAGGUGGUUAUGCAGAAGCUCGAUGCCAUGCGGCAGGACAUCCGCAAAACCGAGAAGGCCCGCAAGGAGCUGGAGUCUCAACUGGAGGACGCGUGUGCCGAAGCCUCUAAGGAGCGUAAGCUCAGAGAGCACAGUGAAGUCUACUCCAAACAACUGGAGAGCGAGUUGGAAACACUCAAGGUGAAGCAGGGAAGCGGCCGUGCGUCAGGCCUAGGGUCAGAGACCCAGCAGGAGCUCACCAAGGUGAAGUCGGAGCUGGAUAAAAAGGUGCUGUUCUUUGAGGAGGAGCUGGUGAGGCGUGAAGCUUCUCACACUACAGAGCUGAAGAACAUGAGGAAGGAGCUUCAUGACUCUGAGAGCCAGCAGUUGUCGCAGCACAAAGAGCUGCUGGUGCUCAAAGACAAACUGGAAAAGGCCAAGAGAGAGCGGCAAACUGAGAUGGACGAGGCCACAGGCACCCUGAAAGACAAGUAUGAACGUGAACGCAAUCUCCUGACCGAGGAAAACCGCAAACUCACUGCAGAAACAGACAGGCUCUGCACAUUCGUGGACAAGUUGACCGCUCAGAACAGGCAGCUUGAGGAUGAGCUCCAGGAUCUAGCAUCUAAAAAAGAGAGCGUAGCACACUGGGAAGCGCAGAUCGCCGAGAUCAUCCAAUGGGUCAGCGAUGAGAAAGAUGCACGUGGAUACCUUCAGGCUUUGGCCUCCAAGAUGACGGAGGAGUUGGAGUCUCUGCGUAGCUCCAGUCUGGGAUCCAGAACGCUGCAAGGUUCUGGAGUAAACAUCCCGGCCCAGAGGUCCAUGGUGGCACCUCGGGUCACCAAGCGGGAUCCCUUGUGGAAGGUGCGUCGCAGUCAGAAAUUGGACAUGUCUGCCCGUCUGGAACUGCAGUCGGCCUUAGAAGCUGAAAUCCGUGCCAAGCAACUGGUUCAGGAAGAGCUGCGCAAGGUCAAAGCGGCCAACAUCUCUUUUGAGAGCAAACUGAAGGAUACAGAGGUCAAGAACAGAGAGCUGGAAGAACAGAUGGAGAACUUGAAGAAGGAAAUGGAGGAGAGCCGCUCACGGACAGACAAAGGCCUGAAGCUGCCAGACUUUCAGGACUCCAUCUUCGAGUACUUCAAUACCUCCCCCCUCGCUCAUGACCUGACAUUCAGAGACGCUGUAUCCUCCUCAUCCGCAUCAUCUCUGCUUGCGCUUUGGGAUGAACCAAGCUCUAUUGGUGAUGGGGAGACCACACCCCAGAAGUCAGAAACCUCCCCAUCGGUGGCUUCAGAACAGGAUGAACCAGCGAAGCCUCAAGCUACCACCCCUGCUGCUUCGUCUCCACUUUAUCAGCCCACUCUCAGUGCACCAAAGCCUAAAGCUCACCAGCUGAGCAUCAAGACCUUCUCCAGCCCGACUCAGUGCACUCACUGUACCUCUCUGAUGGUGGGGCAGAUCCGACAAGGCUACGCCUGCGAAGUAUGCUCUUUCAUCUGCCACGUGUCGUGCAAAGAAAACGCGCCGCAGCUUUGCCCCAUUCCUCCGGAGCAGGCCAAGAGACCUCUGGGUAUUGAUGUGCACAGAGGCAUUGGCACAGCUUACAAAGGCUUUGUCAGGAUCCCAAAGCCCACAGGAGUGAAGAAGGGCUGGCAGAGAGCGUACGCUGUAGUGUGUGACUGUAAACUCUUCCUCUAUGAGGUGUCUGAAGGGAAGUCCACUCAGCCUGUUGUUAUGGCCAGUCAAGUUCUCGACUUGAGAGAUGAGGGCUUUUGUGUAAGCUCUGUGUUGGCCUCUGACGUGAUCCAUGCCAGCCGUAAAGACAUUCCUUGCAUAUUCAGGGUAACAUCAUCCACUCUGAACUCCCCGAUCCAACCGGUGCCUCUGCUGGUCUUGGCUGAGAGCGAGGCGGAGAAGAGGAAGUGGGUGGGAAUCCUGGAGGGUCUGCAGAACAUCUUGGCCAAGAACCACCUGAAGAACCGUGUAGUUCAUCUCCUGCACGAGGCUUACGACAGCAGCCUUCCCGCCAUCAAAACGACACAAUCAGCUGCCAUCGUAGAUCGAGAGCGAGUCGCCUUGGGGACCGAAGAUGGCCUGUUUGUAGUUGAGAUCACCAGAGAUGUCAUCGUUCGUGCCGCCGACUGUAAAAAGGUCAGCCAGAUUGAACUCAUUCCAAAAGAGAAGAUGGUGGCCCUGCUUUGCGGUCGGAGCCGUCAUGUCCACUUAUACCCCUGGGCGGCUUUAGAAGGUGUCGAAGGUGCUUUCGAUGCCAAGCUCACAGAAACAAAAGGCUGCCAGUCUCUGACCAUAGGUACCCUACACCCCGGUGGCCCGGCGUGUCUUCUGGCUGGUGUAAAGCGACAGGUCCUCUGCUACGAAAUCACACGUGCAAAGCCUCACCAUCGCAAACUGUGGGAGGUGCAGGCGCCCGGUAUCGCCCAGUGGCUCAGAAUCGUCCGUGAUCGGCUGUGCGUGGGUUACCCAUCAGGCUUUGCUUUGCUGGCCAUGCAGGGAGAGUCUUCCCCCGUCAGUCUGGUGAGCCCCGCAGACCCCUCGCUAGCGUUUUUGGCCCAACAGCCUAUGGACGCCCUGCACGCUAUGGAAGUAGGGGCCAAUGAAUUUCUGCUGUGCUUCAGUCAGCUGGGAGUGUACGUGGACGCUCAGGGACGGAGGUCUCGAACGCAGGAGCUAAUGUGGCCAGCCAUGCCGCUUGCUUGCAGUUCAAAUUCCAACUACCUGACCGUGUACAGUGAUUAUGGAGUAGAUGUGUUUGAUGUCCACACUACAGAAUGGGUCCAGACCAUUUCUUUAAGAAAGAUUCGACCUCUGAAUGUGGAGGGCAGUCUGAACAUGUUGUGCAUCGAGCAGCCCCAUCUUAUCUACUUCAGCAACAACUCCUCAGACGGCUGUGAACUGGCCAUCCCCGAGACCUCAGACAACAGCAAGAAGUUGAUGGUGAGGACACGCAGCAAGAGGAAGUUCCUCUUUAAAGUGCCAGAGGAGGAGCGGCUACAGCAGAGAAGGGAGAUGCUGAGGGAUCCCGAGAUGAGAUCAAAGCUGAUCUCCAACCCCACCAACUUCAACCACGUUGCUCACAUGGGCCCGGGUGAUGGCAUGCAGGUCCUCAUGGAUUUACCCCUGCAGCCGAGCGAGACUCCCUCCCCCUCAUCCUCUCGCCAUCACGCCCUGAUCUCCCCUCCGACCAACUUUGAGCACGUCUAUCACAUGAGCCCCGUCUCUGCCGGGCUCUAUCUGCAGAAAGAGCCUUCUUCACAGCAGAGCCUGCUUCAGUUCUCCUCUUCCUCCUCCUCUCCUUCCACAUCCUCCCUGGGAAGGAGUGUGAUGCCUUCCCAGGAUGACCCAUCUGCCGGAAAGCCCCGCCCUCUGUCUAGCAUCUCACGGCAACAGAAAAGCAAGACCCACAUCACCCGCACUGCCUCAGGAGGAGGAGAUUUUGGAGGAGCGGGGUCGUCUCGCAGUAUUUCUGAUCAAGAUCAAGACUACGAAAGAGAGCCCGACUCUGACUCCACCAAACACUCCACCCCCUCCAACAGCUCCAACCCCAGCAGCCCCCCGAGCCCCAACUCUCCCCACCGCAGUCAGCUCACUCUGGACAGCCUGGAUCAAAGCCUGGACGGCUGAGCGAGAACGGCGUCCCAUUUCCCGCACUGCGCUCACAUCAGGCACCACACGUAUCCAUCCGCUCUGCUAGGACUCCUUGUGAAGUGCCAAGACUCUCCUGCUCAUCCACCACGAGGGCCUAAAGUGUACCCCCUGUUCCUGCUGCCGGGUGGAUGCGGCAGAGACGACGUAUCACCACGAGUGGAACGCUCUCCUAUUGGUGUGUGCUGCCAGGCGUGGGCAACACAUCCCUGCUAUCCAAAAAUCAAAUCCUGCCCCCUGGUGGAAAUGUUGUGGUAUUAUCACUAACAGGGUCAGAUUUAGCAGUAUGAUGGACAUUUUUUUAUUUUAAAUCUUAAUUUCAUGCCAUGCUCCUGCAAGUUUUUUUUUUUUUGUUAAUUACUUUAGGAAAUGAACAGAUGCAUCUGCUGUGUCAGAAUUGCUCUUGAACCGAUCUGUCGUAGAGGAUUAUUAGCUUCCCUUCGCAGAGAAGGAAACGAGACUUCUUACGCUGUUUUUAAAUGUUUUAAAUGUAUAUUAUCAAGAAGUUCAACACACAUCAAGGGGGCUGAAGAGAGAAGCAGAUUGGAAGAACGAACUGUGACAUAUAGUGACAUUCGUAUACAAACCAAGUGUAACAAUUCCUCACUGCUCUUCAGGGACCAGUGGAACGGCUCGCCUCAUCUCACGAGCAAUAGAUCAGUGACACAAAGACAAUGAUCUGCGUCUGACUUUGUGGGUUUUAAAACAAACCAGAGGGCACUUUUAUUGUUCUAAAAGUUCUCUCUCCAGUUCAGCAUUUUAAACCAGCCUUUAUAAUAUUACAGUUUUAACUUGGAUGUUUCCCACCAAAAAUAUCUAGUCGGUGCGACACUGCUUAUCACCAGGAGGAAAAGAAAGCAACAAAGGAACAGACUUUACAUAGAGAUAAGUGUUAUAAUAAUAAUAAUAAUAAUAAUAAUGACUAAAAAAGAGAACGGCACACUGCUCAGAUUAUUCAUAGGAUUUCAGUAGUUCUCAAGCUGCUGCUUUGUGUGCUCUAUUUAAAAAGAAACGUUUAAAAAAUAUAUAUGUGAUAAGGUUAUCUCAUCAUCGCCACGCUCUGACUCUGGUUUAUGAUGUUUUAUAUACGUCAGCCUCUCAAUGGGACAUUUCACUGUUAGAGGCUCCUAUCGGGAUGCUGAUAUGAAUAUGUUUGUUGAUACCUGAGGAGGACGUAGGAAAUGUAGGCAUGGCUGGCAUACCCAUUAUCACUCGCGUGUGCCUUCUGUGCCAACUUUCGUUUCGGUUAUAAAGUGUCCACUCAAGCAUUUCAGUGGUUUUAUUAAGGCUGAUGGUAAUGUAUUAUUUUGUCCCCUGCCCUUCUUAAACACUGUAAGAACCUUGCACACGUUUAGUCCCAGGAAUUGAUUUUGUGUGAAUGUUUUUUGUUUUUCCUGACUUCCCCCGUAAAUCCCCCGUACUUCACUUGUCUGCUCCAUCGGAUGAAAGAUUAUCCUCAGAACACUACUGCUUUUACUUUAAAAGAGAAAAAAAUCACAGGUUGAAAUCUUUGUCAUUAUUGACUUGUUAGUCACAUAAAUUUGAACAAACAAUAAAAGAGUACCUGUUGUGCUUUUUUUGUUGAA